AAAUUCAAGGAGGCUAAAACAAGAAGAAACGUGAGUUCCAAAUCACAAAUAUGUUGUAUUCUAUUCUUAAAUGAAAUCCCUUGAAUUUCUCCUUCUAAUUUGUAGAUAUCCUUCAAAAAUUCCUCUAAUUUCAAACCAUUUAAACAUGAAUAUCCUAUUAUUAUAUUCUUUUUUUUUUUGGUUCCAUUAUAAGUUGGUUUGCCGCGCUACCUCUCCACUCUUUUUCUCCGUUACCCCCCAAAUCAAAAUCAACCUUUUUAGGGUUUCCAUUUUUUUAUUAAUUAAUCAAUUUAUCUAACCCGAUUUCCUUUAUUUUUUAAUCUUUGUGCUGCAAAAUCAUCAUAUGUUCGGUGGCUUAAUCUAAUCUCUUACUUCUCAUUUUAUUUUUGUGAGACGUAUUUUCUGGGGGAAAGCUGGAAUGUGAAAAGCUUCGUUAUGUUAAAGAAGCAAAGCAGCGGUGUUCGUUUCUUGUUCAAUCAAAUCUCUAGUUUUAACCGUGACGGAAAAGUUCGGUUCAUGGCGAUUUUAGCACGUAACGAUUUGUUUUCAAAGCAACUCCACACGUUGCCGAGCGACCAACGCCGUUGCUUCCAGUUCCUCGGCAAACUUGAUUCCCUUGAAAAUCACAAUGUCGGCCGCGGUUUCAAGUUUAACAGACCCGCCGCUGGCUUCAAUUUGACUCUCAAAAGUUGUUUCCAGGAUUCGCCUGGAACCUGGGAUCAGAAGGCACGCGCCUUUGCUCCCCAGUUGGCGCGUCAUUUAGAAAUUAUUAGCGAUAAUGAACCCCCCAAAAUGGCGAAAUCGACGACUGAUACUGGUGGCGCGUGUCAAAGAGGGAAGCCUCUUGACUUUAAUGACAAGCCUUUGCCUGAAAAGAUUGCGGUCGCAGUCGAUGUCGACGAAGUACUAGGAAACUUUGUGUCGGCUUUGAACAGAUUUAUAGCGGAUCGUUAUUCGUUGAAUCGUUCAGUUUCAGAGUACCAUGUUUACGAGUUUUUCAAGAUAUGGAACUGUUCUCGUGAUGAAGCUGAUAUCCGUGUCCAUGAGUUCUUCAAGACACCAUAUUUCAAGAAAGGUAUUCACCCCAUCCCAGGUGCUCAGGCGGCACUUCAUAAGUUAUCAAGACUUUGUAACCUGUCAGUUGUAACUUCUCGGCAGAAUGUGAUUAAGGAGCAUACAAUUGAGUGGUUAGAGAGGCACUUUCCUGGACUUUUCCGGGAGAUUCACUUUGGCAACCAUUUUGCUCUUGAUGGCGAGUCUAGACCUAAGUCAGAAAUAUGUCGGCUGUUAGGAGCCAAGAUUCUGAUUGAUGAUAACCCAAGAUAUGCUGUUGAGUGUGCCCAAGUUGGAAUCAGAGUUCUGCUUUUUGAUUAUGAGAACUCAUAUCCUUGGUCUAAGACAGAGUCAAUUGAUCAGCAUCCUUUGGUGACUAGAGUACAUAAUUGGGAAGAAGUGGAGCAACAGAUAGUGUCUUGGAUUCUUAGUUCUUCUAUUCUGUAAGAUGGACUCUAUAGAGACUCCCACUUGAUAUACCUUAAACAUUUGAUAGUGCUGAAAAAUUCAGGCGUAUUAUUGAUUUGGAUGAAUCAACCACAAGGAGACCAGCCAACGUAGGGUCAUGGGGUCUGCAUUGACUUUGCGGACAAAGCUGGAAAAAAUAUGGAUGAAAUAAAGCAUUUCAUCUUGAUUUGCACGAUGCAGGAAAAGCAGUUGUCAAAUCGGUAAAACAUCAAUGUAAUUGGAAGUUCAUUACUUCUGGAGGUUACUUCAUGAUUGUAAUCCAAGAAGCAACAGUUUGUUUUUAGCUAUGCUUUAUCCUGUCCAGUUUGAGUCAGGGAGAAAGCCACACUAGGCAAAGGAGUUGCAGAUUUUUCAGUAGCUCAAGUAUUUGCAGUGGCCAGCCUGUGGUAGUGUCUAGUUUUCUGCAUUGUUUGUACUCGAUCCUGAUAAUUUCCCGUUUAAUCAGGCCAGAAUUCUGAUGUAGGAGAAGUAAUGGACAUGCGUAUAUUAAGGUUGGAGUUGAAGUUGUCAUUGACAUUGCAUUCAGUUGGAAUGCUGAUUGAAAUUGUCAUUUAAUAGUAGUUUAACUUAAA